AUGGAUGAAGCCAGAGUUAGAGACCGCGCGCCGCUUACCGUCAUAGUGGCUCCCAGCAACGCGUCCCCACCUCGGCUGUCCCCGGCGGAUCUCCUCCCAGACGGUGACGCGGCCUUCCAUCCACUUUCAGCAGUCAACGGUCGCCUCACACCGCCAGGCUUAGAGCCAGCGUCGUACGCCACAUUAACACCCCUCCUCCCGCUCCCCCCUAUCAGUACUGUAUCAGAUAAAUUUGCCUAUCAUGCUGGUGGUACGUUCACGGUUAUACAACAGCAGCAUUCCUAUGCGUCAUUGUCCCCAGCGGCGUACAAUGAGCCUUUGUCACCACAAUCAGCGUACAGUAGGCGGAGUGCUUCGCCCAACUCGUUCGAAAGAAGAUCCCCUACGCCACCUUUGCCCAGUCCAGGGCUAGAUCUCAAUGCGGCAUUACUGGCAAGAGAAGAAGCCCAGCAGACACAACCGAUACAAUCGCCAGAAUUGAAUGAUACGGAAGAAAUAAAUACGAAAGAAUUAGCUCAAAGGAUAAGUGGAGAACUGAAGAGGUAUUCAAUACCACAAGCGAUUUUCGCUCAGAGGGUCCUCUGUCGGUCACAAGGAACGUUGAGUGAUUUGUUACGAAACCCAAAACCAUGGUCAAAGCUAAAAUCAGGGAGGGAAACGUUUAGGCGGAUGUGGAAAUGGCUGCAGGAGCCGGAGUUUCAGAGAAUGUCAGCGUUGCGACUAGCAGCGGCCCAGAUUCCACAGAGAGGCAGCUGCAAGCGCAAGGAGGAUAUAGUUUCGGAUACCCAUCAUUCACAGAAGAAGCCGCGUUUGGUUUUCACAGACCUCCAGCGGCGUACUCUACAAGCUAUUUUUAAGGAAACAAAGCGACCCUCAAAAGAAAUGCAAGUCACGAUAGCGAGGCAAUUAGGUUUAGAGCCAACGACCGUAGGUAACUUCUUCAUGAACGCACGCAGAAGAUCCAUGGACAAAUGGAGAGACGACGACAUACCUUCCACAGAGUUGGACCAGCAGUGCGAUCCAAAUGAUUUGGAUCACGUACCCAGUUUGGACUCGGCAGAGUCAGAGGAAGAUCACGACGACCAGGACGAUCAUCUCUUGUGA